AUGGAGGAGAAGACUUUGAACAAAUGCGAUACCCCAAAGAAGCUGGGUCUGCCCUUUUCCAUUGAGGAGAUCCUGAAGAAAAAAACAAGGAGGAGAAGCAUUCCCAGGACAGGCAAGGGAGAUACCCACCAGGGUGAUACUGAGUCCCUAAGAGUGGAGAACUCACCUCUGGACCUCCCCCAGGGAAAAAGAAAAGGAUUGCUAUUAAAAGGAGUUCUUCUUUACAAUGCAGAGGAAAGGAAAGGGAAACGAAGAAUUCGCACCACAUUCACCACAGAGCAGCUCCAGGAGCUGGAGAAGACUUUCCAGUUCACUCACUACCCAGACAUCCAUAUCCGCAAUGAACUGGCAACUAAGAUCAACCUCCCAGAAGCCAGAAUACAGAUAUGGUUCCAGAACCAACGGGCCAAAUGGAGGAAGCAUGAAAAACUGAGCAGUUUCAGGAGCCCGCAGACCUUAACAGACACAGACAUCCUCCCAGCACCAAAGUCGGACAUGACCGGACCCAGACUAACCACCCUAGUAUACCCGACUGGAUAUCAUUUUCCCAUCCAAGGACAUCUGGUCUCUGCCUGGUUUCCUCCCUACUUCAUGCCACACCCAUGGAACGUGCCUUCUUUCCCCAGCCCUCAUUUGCAUCUGGACAACGUCCCCAUGUAUGGUAUCCCUUCCCCACAACAUCCUGAAUGGGGCAGUAUCUGUGCUGGUUUUACAUAG